UUAGAAAUAGUAUUAUCUUCUUUUAUUGACAAUAAACAAAAUGUUUGGUUUAAGGGUAAGGAUGUUGCCCAGAUUCUAGGAUAUCGUGACACUAAAAAGGCUAUUAAACAACAUGUCAAUUAAUAACUUCAAAAGCUGGGGGGUACGUUUCACCCCCCCAAGUCCAACAAAAUGAAACCAAGGGCCAAAAAGCUGCUGUGGACGUUUCGCCCCCUCAGGUCCAACAAGGUAGAUGGUACACAUUCAUCAAUGAGCCCGGCUUUUAUGAACUUGUAUUUAGUUCUAAAUUAAAAGCAGCUAAAAAAUUCUGCCAUUGGGUAUUCACCACAGUCCUUCCAUCUAUCCGUAAAUACGGCUACUACAAACUUUUUAAAGAUGAAACUAGAGCAAACCAAAGAGUUAUAAUUGGUGGUAAACACCCAGUGUUUACUAAUUAUGCAGCUUCUAAAAAUGGUGAAAUUGUAAAUGUAAAAACUGGAAAAAUUAAGAAGAUGACAAACAAUGGUUUUGGUUAUUUAUUUUUUACUUUAUACGAUAAAAAACUUGAAAAACCUAAAAAUUAUCGUCAGCACAGGUUUGUUUACGAGGUAUUUAAAGGAGUAAUUCCAAGAUGCUUAGAGAUUGACCAUAUUAAUAAUAUUAAAACAGAUAAUAGAAUUAAAAAUUUACAAAUAAUAAGUCAUAAGAAAAAUUUAGGA